AUGGCAUUGUCUAUUGUAAGGUUGGGCCUUCGAUCUGUGAUCAAUUUUGAAAGAAAUGCAGCUAUUAUUUCAGUUACCAGUGUUCCAAAACAAUUUAAGUUCCUCCACACAAAAGCGAUAUGCACCGGAAACAUCUGCUACUUAACUGAAACUCGAGAUUUGGAGGGGUCGGAACGUAAUUCCUCACUGAGGCGAAACUACAGCAAGCAGCACGGCCGUCCAGAGGAGGACAGGCGGAAACGCUCAUACUCCGACUCUGAGUCCGAUUCGGACUCAGAUACCGAGUGUAAAGGAUAUGAUAGAGUAACCGUUCAGUCUCAAUUCUGGCGUCGAAAGAUGCGCACCGUCCACAACAUCCUGGACGUGAACAAGGAUGGUUUGAUCUCAUUCAAUGAUUUCCAACUCUUUGCUGAGAGGUUCAAGGCGCUUGGACAUCUAGACGAGCAGCACGCCAAGGAGUUCACCAGUAUUAUACAGAAAACUUGGGAAACGCAGUGGGGCGAGAUAGACCCAUACAACUUCGUAACCCAGGAGCAGUACCUAGAGGAUAUGAACCACGUGCUUAACGACCGGACCCUGAAGAAGAGAGCUUUCUCCUGGCUCCCCUAUCUCUUCAAGGCGGUAGACAAGGACAAGUCCGGCUACAUAUCAGUGGUGGAGUUCAAAUUGUUCUUCAAGUGUCUCGGGCUGGACAACGAACACGCCGCUAUCGCCUUCGCAAUCAUCGACACUAAUGGGGACGGAAAGUUAUCGCUGAAAGAGUUUGUGAAACUCGGCAAAGACUUCUUCUUCACGGAAGACGAAACUAGAGUAUCCAAAAUGUUUUGGGGACCACUUAUAGACUAA